UGCCUUGGACUCCACCAUUUCAAAUCCCCUGCCUCCUCCGCCUCCGCUUCCCCCCUCACCUUCUCCGGCGAUCGCCGCCGCGUCCGUACACGGCUGAGGCCUGAGGCGAUGGCCGCCGCCGCCGCCUCCCAGCCUCGCAGCCACCAGCCCACCUCGCUCCGCCGCGCGCCGCCACCUUCUUCGGCCGCGGCCAAGCCAGAGCCCAAUGAGAAGGCCUCCAACUCCAAGCCCGCCUCGCCCGUCCAGGCACCGUCGCCGGAGAGGACGGUGAAGAAGCUGAGGUUGGCCAAGGCGCUCACGCUUCCGGAGGCCACCUCGGUGUCGGAGGCGUGCCGGAGGAUGGCGCUCAAGCGAGUGGAUGCCGCGUUGCUCACUGAUUCCAACGGGAUGCUCUCCGGCAUACUCACAGCAGAGGACAUAUCAGGACGGGUGAUAGCAGAGGGACUCAGGCCUGACGAAACAAAUGUGGCCAAAGCGAUGACGCGUAACCCAGUUUUUGUUAUGUCCAACUCACCAGCCAUUGAAGCAUUACAAAAGAUGGUCAAAGGAAAGUUCAGACAUCUUCCUGUAGUGGAACACGGUGAGGUAAUUGCCAUGCUGGACAUUACCAAGUUCCUUUAUGAUGCAAUUUCAAGAAUGGAAAAGGCUGCAGAACAAGGCAGUGCAAUAGCAGCUGCUAUGGAAGGAGUUGAACGACAGUGGGGAAAUGACUUUCCAGGUCCACAUUCAUUUAUCGAAAAUCUGCGAGACCAGCUGUUCAAGCCUUCCUUAUCAACCAUCAUAACAGAAAAUAACAGUGUUCCAGUAGUAUCUCCUUCAGAUCCUGUAAUAGCAGCUGCCAAAAAAAUGAGAGAAUACCGAGUCAACUCAGUGGUUGUCAUGACAGGGAACAUGUUGCUAGGAAUUCUUACUUCCAAGGAUUUGGUAUUGCGAUUAGUGGCCCAAAGUUUAUCCCCAGAUGUGACUCUUGUAGAAAAGGUUAUGACUACAAACCCUGAUUGUGCGACAUUGGAUACAUCGAUCCUUGAGGCCCUGCAUUCAAUGCAAGACGGGAAAUAUCUGCAUAUUCCUGUUGCCGACAAAAAUGGACAGAUCAUCGCAUGUUUGGAUGCUCUACAAUUAACCCAUGCAGCUAUUUCAAUGGUUGAGGGAGCUUCUGAAGCGAACAGUAUGGCAAAUACUAUGAUGCAGAAGUUCUGGGAUUCAGCUCUUGCCCUGCAGCCUGCAGAGGAAUCGGAUGCCCGUAGUGAAGAAUCUCGAAUGGCAACAUCAGAUAAUGCUGAAGGGAAACAUAUACCCCCUCAUGUUGGCAAUUCAUUCUCCUUUAAACUACAAGAUAGAAAAGGGCGUAUGCACAGAUUCAGUUGUGUUUCAGAAAGCUUAGAUGAGCUUGUUUCUGCCGUAUCGUACAGACUGGGAAUGGAAAAAGAGAAGAUUAAUCUUCUGUAUGAUGACGAUGAAGGUGACAGGGUGGUUCUGACCACCGACGGUGACCUCAGUGCGGCAAUUCAGCAUGCGAGAUCAGCUGGAUGGAAGGUUCUGAGGCUGCAUAUGGAUGAGCCCUGGAGCAAUGGGGAGCACACCACAUCGCUUGUAAAUACUUCACCGGUGAAAACAGGGCGGUCAUUUCUCCGGCUAGGCAUCGCAGCUGGUGCAGUUGCGGUUGCCAGCAUGGGGGUAAUCUUCUACUUGAAACGUUCUGAACUAUAAUUAAUUCCCACACAUACAUCAACACAUCAACAUUGUAAAGAUUACUUCUUCUCCGGAAGGUGAGAUGUGUUGUAUACGUAGGAGACAAACACGUCAAACAUCAGCAAUAAGGCGUGGACUAUGGUUAGAAAGAAUUUCCACGUGCUAAAGCUUGUAAGAUUGGAUGGUGUUUCAUUCAAUUUUAGAUUGGUUUAUUUUGAGACAGAUGGAGCAAAGAUUUUUUUGAGGUUUUUUUUCUUGAGUUUUCUUGUUUCAGCCUUCCUACCCUUUUUGCAACCUUGUGUGAUAUAAAUAAGGGAUUCAACCAGCUUGGAAAAUUUUCUUGUACACGGAAAUUGUAUUCCAGUCAAAAUCCGUUUAUCAAGCAUGUGGGACUACUGAAUUUUUUGAA